AAAAAUUUCAAAAAAAAAAAAAAAAAAAAGUAGCAUAAAGAUUCCUCCCCAAAGGUUGCACGGUGGUGCAGUGGUUAGUACUGUCACCUCGCAGUGAAAGGUUCCUGGUUCAAAUCUUAGCUGGUCCUUUCUAUGUUCUCGCCAUGGAUGUGUGGGUUUUCCCCCACAGUCCAAAAACAUGCUUCACUGGUUAAUUGGUGACUCUAAGUCAGAAUCCAGACCUCGAGGGCCGGUGUUCUACAUGUUUUCCGACCACCCUGCCAUUGAAGCUCCUUAUUGGCUAAACACACCUGAUCCAGGUAAUCAGCAGCAGAUGAGGCAGGAUUUCUGGUGACCCAGCAGGAGGCUGGCAAUCCGUUCAGGGUAUACCCUACCUUUGCCUAACAGUAGUUGGGAUAGGCUCAAGCAACCCAAUGAGCCCAUAAUACUAAAAAACAAAGCAAAAAUGAAAGAAAAUAGCUUUAAAAAACAAACUGGAACACUUAAUUGAUGUAGGUUCACAACAAAAGCAGCAUCAAAUGGUUUUGGAACAUGAGCUGUCAUUGGAUCUGCUGCUGCUGCUUCAGGUGUUUAAAGGGAGUCGAUCCUUGGUGCUGUCUGUCCUGGGGCCCAGACACUUUAGGAGUUGGUAUUUGCUCAUUUUGUGUAAAGGUGAGAGACUCAAUAGUCUUAGAAAGACGGACUCGUGUUCAGAUCCUGUCUCAUAUGUUCUCGUGCAUGUGUGGGUUUUCCAAAAACACGCUUCAGAGGUUGACUUUAAUUUGUUCUUUAGAUGUGAAUCUGAGUGUUUGUCUCUGUGUGGCCCUGCAAUGUAAACUAUCCAGGGUGUGGACUUAUAAGAUGAAUGGAUGAAAUUUAAAUCACAUCAUUCAAUUUCUUGAUGAUCAUAAACAUAUUUUUUUCCCACAGUUCUGUCUUGAAUUCUUGUUUAUCGAAUGAAAGUGAGGAAUCACGCAGACAUGGGAGGUAUAUGCAUCAGCACCAGUGACGAUUUCUUUAAGACUGCAAAAUUAAUGGUCAAAUAUUUACUAUUGUAUUAACAUUUUAUGCGUUAGAAAACGUUCAUCUCAAAGACGAGUUCGUUCAGAAUCAGUUACAUAUAGCAGGUCGGCUGACUCGAUUUCCUUCUCAUACAUCUCACAGUGGAUUUCGCUAUUGAAGCCCAGCGUCCAUUGACUUCAAUGGGGCUGCUUUGAACGUUUUUUUUCAGCGCUUCAAAAAUAGACGGUCAUUGGAUAAACGCUGUGAUUAUGUCCCGCCCACGGACGCUCAGCGAAUGGGGAGUGGGCUGGCCCGGACUCCGAGUUUCUGCGUGAUGAUUGGAGGGUCUGUGUCUUUUGACUGACAGCGAUUCUGUACUAUAAGGAAUCACUGAAGCUAUUCUCAGUCCCAUCGCGGAUUUCUCAAGUUCAGUCGAAAUAAAAACAGCUGCAACCUAUUUCUUUGAUAUUUUUGUUUGGCGAAAGUGCUUGAUUUUUUACGUUUAAAUAAAUAGACAAUUUUAUGAUGUAGGCCGAAAAUGAGCUCCCCCUCUCUGACAGACCAGUGGCCGCCACUGAUCAGCACCCAUCGUUGGAGCAACAGUGAACCCCAAACACUCACCUGGUCUCCGUCUGCACAGCGUUCUGCUCUCAUAUGACACUUCCAAACGUACACUCUGCAGUUCGUUUCACUGAUGACUUAAACAACAGCUCGAACACACAAACAAACACACUGACCCUGCAGGAGACCAACAACCAGAAAGGAGACUGUCACCUUUUUCGAAAAACCAAAAAAACAAUGUUCAUAAAAAUCUGUCAGAUUCUUCAAUUUAACUUAAAAGAAAGACUAUGGGUUUGUAGUUUCCACCAACUCCUUACCGCCUUUCCACAUUCUACGCUUCUCUGGAUUGGACCCCAAAAUUCUUCAUAUUCUUUCCCUCUACUUCCUGUUACCUCACCAAUACUCUUCCCUUCAUGCCACAUGUCACUAAUUUGCAACGUAUCAUUUAAUCCAGGAAUCCACUUUUUUUGCAUUACCUUAAAUGGAAUAAACAGAAACGUAUAUAUAUUUUUUUGUAAUUUAAAAUGUGGUGAUGUUAAAUAAUUCAUUUGAGUUUGUUUUAGGGUCAGUAUAUAGAUAAAGUAAGGUGCUUUAUUAGGUAUUUAUUUUCUUUUGAAGAACUAUUCUGGUGAAAAUCGUCUUUGUGGUGUUUUUAAUGAGUUCUUGUGGCAUUUUUCUGAUGAUGGAGGACAUAUAGAAUGAAAACUAGGCUAAGGUUGCAUUUCUGAGUAUUUUCUUUAUUCCAAUUGUUGUGAAUCAGGAGCAGACAAAAAAAGUUUGAAAACGAUCGUAUUUGUAACAUUGAAAAUACGCUUAGGCAAACUCCAGUCAAUGUUUCAAACACACCUGAGGCGCCGCCUCUGGUGUUGAGAAUCCUGUGGCUGCCAUCCGACUUGCCAUCCUCUUAGUUUUUUUUAAUCUUUCCUUCUUAAGUGACAAAACAAACUAAAAAUAUGAAAAGGAUUUAGUUCAGUGUAGAAGAAAAUUCUAAAGCUUUCAGAAAAUCUGGAAAACAAGAAGUUGGAGUUGAUUUCUCAUUAUAUGGUAUCAAAUAAAACAGCCACCCUGCCGUGGGGAGGCCUCAGGAGAACAUUUUAAGAUUCCAUGCCCCCGCCCAAUUUUGAAAAUUGUUGGCGUGGUCAUGAAUGUAGACGGCGGCAGUCAGGCAGGGAUGACGCCAUUACGAAAUCGGGCGACAGCUGGGCGGGUACAGGGCAGAGGCAGCAGGAACGCCGGCCGGCAGCAGCUCUAAUUGGACGAUGUGUAAAUGUCCCUACACACCGACAUGCAUAACAAGUGCCGCCAGUCGCCUGGUAGCCGGUAGUCACACUCUGCGCUGCAACCACAAGCUCACCCAACCACCUUUUCUUCCCCUUCUUUUGCGCAUUGCUCUUCUAUGAGCAGCAGGCACAACGUUCUGUCUUCUUCUUAGCAUCAACUGCAAUUCAUCAAGAUGCAGUUGCUAAGAUGCAGGUCUCAGAGGUUCCAUCAAUGCCAUAAUGAGUUUUGUCCAGCUUCAUUGCUGUCUCCCCAUUUAUAUGCAGGACCCAGGAUGGCCAGGAUCGCCAGAUUGAUGUACAGUCAUUGUGAGGCCCCCGCCAACGCUGAAUUCUCGCACUGCUACCGUACGAUUUCUAACAACGGUCGGUGGCAGCACUGGGGCAUGGGGGGCUGGCUGGAGUGUGGCAGCCUGAAAUCGUCAGAUCAUCUGUCGAUUCAGGGGACCCUUGAGUCCCUCCUGUCAGUCAAUUAUUGUGCUGCUGCCUUCAUACCACCCACCGACCUCUCCUGAAAAUCUCCAUGGCCGCCGCGCGGCAUUUUAAAAUUUGACUGCCACAUCCUAAUUUUUAAUACCACCACACAGCCAUUUGCUGAAAAACUUGCCGUAGUCUUAGUAAGACUUCAUCCUUAGAAUGAAGGAACAAAAAAACUAAGGUUUGGCCUACAGUUUUUUAAGUUUAAACUGGUCAAUCUUCCCAUGAGUGUCUCUUUAUCCCAUAUUUCCUUUUUUUCCACCUCUUAGGCCGAUGCAUCCAGAAUGCUAAGACAAGUGCAUGACUUCAAGGGCCAAAGUUUUCGGAAACUGAGGCGGGCCUGCCUCCGCCGAGGGGUGCUCUUCAAGGACCCGCUGUUCCCUGCCUCCGACCUGUCCCUGUUUUACAAGAGAGCAUCCCCGCCGGGGCUGACCUGGAAGCGUCCAAGAGAAAUAUGUAAGGACCCUCGUCUGUUUGUGGACGGCAUUAGCACUCGUGACUUGCACCAAGGCAGCCUGGGUAACUGUUGGAUGGUGGCGGCCAUUUCUUGCCUGGCCUCUGAGCCAUCACUUUGGAAGAAGGUCAUUCCUGACCAUGUGGAUCAGGAGUGGAACCCAAAGCGUCCUGAGUUGUACGCCGGGAUCUUCCACUUUCGGUUCUGGCGCCUUGGUCGCUGGGUGGAUGUUGUGGUGGACGAUCGGCUGCCAGUCAGCAAAGACGGAGUGCUGCUCUUCUGUCGUUCUGCAACACCAAGGGAGUUUUGGAGUGCCCUGUUGGAGAAAGCCUAUGCUAAGCUGAACGGCUGCUACGAGGCGCUGGAGGGUGGAAACACUGCGGAGGCUCUCAUUGACUUCACCGGUGGCGUUUCAGAGCCUCUUAGCCUGGAUCGUGAUUUCCUGAGCCUACAUAGCAACCAGAGGAAGGAGCUCUUUCACAGUUUAGCCAAAGUCCAUGAGCGCAAAGCCCUCAUCACCUGCUCUAUAAGGCCUGCCGAUGGGGAGACUGUGGAGUCUGUGCUGGACUGCGGUCUCGUUCGAGGACAUGCCUACGGGAUGACAGCAGUGAGGAAGGUCUGGCUGAAGACAUGCGGGAUGUCCCGGCUCUUUAUGGUGCGGAUGAGGAACCCGUGGGGAACCACAGAUUGGAAGGGUGCCUGGAGUCAGGGGUCAGAGGAGUGGCAGCGACUGAGUCGGGCUGAGAGGGACAAAAUGGGGCUCAUUGUUCGAGAUGUUGGGGAGUUCUGGAUGGAAUUCCAGGACUUCUGCCGGUACUUCACGGAUCUGGUGGUGUGCCAACUGGUGGACAGAGCUCUGCUGUGGCCCAGGUCGCACUGGAGGGAAACACACUGCUAUGGAGAAUGGGCUCCUGCCCCCGCCACCGCUGAAGCACCUCUGUCCACCAUCAACCAGAGUGACGCGGCUCUGAUCCCGGUUGAAAAUGACUUCAAAGACGGCAGGACCAAGCAGGAGAAGAACCGAGAAGAAGCUCGACUUGGUGAGAAAGACGACAGGAAAAAGGGGAAAUAUGACUCAGAUAAAAACAGGAAUAACAUCAGAAGGGAAAAUGUUGGAGGAUUUCUGGAAGUCACUAAGAUGAGUCGAUGUGGAGGAUGCAUCAACCACAGAGACACGUUUUUACAGAAUCCUCAGUUCAUGUUUGAGAUCCGAGGCAAAGAGGAGGAGGUGCUGAUCUGUCUGCAGCAGGAGGACAGGAGGAUGUGGAGGAAAUGUGGAGGAGGAGAAAACCUCCCUAUUGGCUUUGAAGUUCUGAAGGUGGAGGUGAACCGCUGCAGCCGGGUGCAGUGUGUGUUGGAGCAAGCAGCCAGCUCCAUCUACAUGGACUCCCGCAGCGUGACUUGGAGGGGAACGUUGGCUCCUGGGCGCUUUGUCGUCCUGCCCACCACCUUCCUGCCGGGAACCACCGGACACUUCCUGCUGCGCCUUUUCACACACUCCCAUGUCAAACUCUGGGAGCUGAGGGAAGAGCUGCCUCCUCCCUCUCUGUUGCAGUGUUUGCUGCCUCAACCCUCGGUGGUGACCACAGUCCAUCUCCGCCGGGCAUCGGGGCUCAGCCCUCCCAAACAGACAGCGCCUCAUGUUUAUGCUGUUGUGCGCUGUGAAAGCGAAGCAGUCAGGACGCGACUGUUCCAAGAGGAGGGGAACCCUGAGUUCAACCUCAGAGCCAUCUUCUACAGAAGAUACCCAGACGCAUACAUCUCUGUGGAGUUAUGGUGCAAAGGUCUGGUGUGGGACUCUCUGCUCGGAGAGGCUCACCUCCACACCUGUGAGUCAGAGAAGAGCCGAAACCAUGUGAUUGAUCUGCGCCACCGCCGUCCUCGCUCGGGGUUCAUAGGUCGCAUCUACGUCGAGACGUCUUCCAGCAUCUGUCUCACAGAUUUAUGACAGCAUCCAUGUUGUCGGCAUGGCAACUUCUGUUUUCACAACCAAGACCUGACGGAGACACACUUGAUGGCACAGUUGUAUUUUUCAUACAAACAAUUGAUUUUGUAUGAAUGUUAUUCUGGAAUAAAUGCAUGUUUUUGCAACUUAA